UAUACCUGCGGGCGUCGAAAAUGGCCUUGACAUUUGGUUAGGGCAUUGGGGGAAAUUAUCGAGAAACGCAGAUAGGCGAGCCGCGGGAUCCACCGACCCGCAUCUUCGACGUGCGUUCGACUAGUUAUUUCCUCUCGCGCCCUUCUCUUGUCCGUUUCCUCCCUAGCUCGCUCAGUCUCUCUUGCCCUUGGUCGAUCCCGCGCCUCUCUCUCUCGCCUCUCCCUCGCCUCGCUCGACGGAUCUUGAUCAAAUCGUAAGAAAAGGGAACAAACACAUAAAAUGCUUAGAAGAUUCAAUGCAAAUCGAUCAUGGAGGAGGGGAAUUCAAGUUCCCUCUUUGAAACCUGGGCAGAAAUGGGCGCCACUUUGCUCAGUUGUGCUCUCCGAUGUCUUGGAGCGGAGCUCAGAAGCCUUCGCUCGCAACUCAGCCACCGCCGAGAACCUCCUUUCCCAGCUCCAAUCACACAUUCAGAAGGUCCUCGUUGGAGGUAGCCGAAGGUGUGAGAAGGAAUCGAAGCCGGAAUAAGCUAUUGCCCCGGGAGCAAAUCAAUCGACUUAUCGACCUUGUGUCGUCUUUUCUGGAGUUGUCACAAGUUAAUUCUUUUUUUCUCUGAUAGUAUUCUCUGGUUGCUCUGUCAUGGGUUUCUCAUAUUGCUUCUGUUGACGUCAGAGUAUAGUGAGAAUGAAUCUCUUAUAGUAAUUUUAUUUGGGAUGUUCAUGUGUUAGCUAAAGAUAUUUUGCUUACUCGAAAGAUCAAUCGGGAAGUAAUUGAGCCACAUUCUUUCCAAAUGAUGUACUUGGCUAAUAUUUUCAUAAAUGGAAGG